UUGACAAUGAGGCCUAGACUUGACACUUGAAAACCUUCCGAGACACGCCUUGCCUUUUCCUCGACCUUUAUCCAGUUCUCCUCAACCUCCUUUCAUCGCCUCAUUCCGCUCCAUAAACUUCCUACGCGUAGUAGUCUCGAGAUGCCAAAACUCACCACCUUCUUCGACGACCGCGUCCCCAUGAUCACGUUCGAUAGCGGGUGGAUCCCAACAAUAUCAACGCAGGAUGACGCGGCGGGCUACUACUGGGAUGGCACGUUCACAAGCACUCCUACGGACAAUGCUACUGCGCAGCUCACGUUCACGGGGACUAGCGUGUGGGUGUACGGCUCGAAGCGGGUCAACCAUGGGACUUUCACCGUCGAAAUAGAUGGCACGGGGGCUACCACCGUCAACGGGUACUCGCCGAUGAGUCAGUGGCAGCAGCUACUCUACUCGAAUUCGGGGCUUUCACAGGGGCAGCACACGAUCGUGAUCACGAACACGGGAAACGUCAGUACUGGGUCAUGGUUAGACUUCGACAUGAUUAAAUUCGAGACCACGGUUGGGGACGACAGUGGCUCGUGGCUUACGUCCGUUAUCCAGGACACGGAUUCAGCAUUUGUGUACUCGGGAUCAUGGAACGGUGAUGCUGAGCCUUCAAAUGCUGCAUUCUUCAGCCAGGGUUCCGGACACACCACGACUGAGACCAACGAUCAGGUCACCCUGACAUUUACUGUAGGGGACGUGAUAGACCUCUACGGUACGGUUGGACCCAGCAAUGGACAGUACUCUGUCCAGCUGGACGGAGGCUCGAUUCAGCACUUCAAUGCUACGAAACCUCUGCCUCAGUAUCAGAUGGUAAUCUAUCAUGAGAGCAACCUCGGUAGCGGAAAUCAUCAACUAGUGGUUACAAACAUGGACCCUAUGGAGCUGAGUAUCGACUAUGCGGAGGUUAAGACUGCGAGUACGUCUUCAGGGGAGUUCGGUCUGUGCAAGACAAGUCUUACCCCCGGCAUCGCAGCCGGACUCGCCAUUCUCGCCUUCACCACCCUCGUUGGCCUACUCUCCGGCGCAUACUUCUUCCGGCGCUGGCGCAAAGAGGAAGUUGACGCCUACCGGAAUGCCGCGAAGCCCUUUGACCUCAUGCCUGCGCCUCACAAAAUAUUUCCAUAUGACCCCUAUGAACCUCACAGUGCUGCGAUUACGUCAGGACACUACAGCGACAUCCCCUCUCUAUCGUACAACGCGAACGAGUCGAACUCUCACUCUGAGCCACGGCCAAGCUUUGCACAGACGCACUCGGGGCCAGCAUCGCCCCCAUGGUCGGGAGGACAGCAGAACAUGUACUCUGCGCCGACGUAUGUCGCUACCAGCGAGGUGGCAACCGCUGGAGGCUCGCAGUAUGGUGGACGGCGUGAUGAUCUAGCAGGCGCGGACGACCAAAGUGCCGCUGACGCGCCUCUCCUUCCACUUGCACCAAAUCGGCGUGCGGAUAGUGGACCCAGCGGCUCUCAAGGGCAAGCGCAACGAAAGCAGAGUGGUUUCGCCGAGCAGGCUCGCCGAGCCGUUACAACGGCGAGGAAGAUGAGUCUGGUUCGCGUAGGCCCACCGCCUGACUAUAACUAUACUCAGUGAUCAUGAAAUGUGUGGAUACAUAUACUGUAGCUCUUCUCGUCUUUAAUAGGUUUCGGCUAGCUCGAGCUGUGACUAAGUAUAUCUACAAAAGCUUUCCUUAUAUCUGGCGCCCUUCGCUGUGCGAUAAGAAUAGCUUCCCCACUAGCAUACUCUCAUUGUC